UUUCCCAUUCAAUUCUUCCCAACUUUAAAUAAACAUUGAAGAAACAUUGCUAGUCCUUCUCAUCACCAUCACACAACAAUUUCAAUGCCAGGGCUUCUUUAUUAAUUUCGAUUCGACAUUUUGCGUUUCUCUCGAUCUUAUCACGAUCAUCCUUCACUGCUCGACGAUUUGAUUUGUCCUUUCUCUCUUUCUCUCUCUUUCUCAGCAUAACAUUCUCCUUAAGCUGUUUGGUGGGAGAUUUUUUGGCGUUUUCAGAAUUCUGGACUAGAUUUUUUGGCUUAAUGAGAUAAGACGAGUUUUAGUUUGGUAAGGGGAUAAUUAGAUCGAGAGUGGAAAUGGGUGAGAGCCAGAGGUUCCAGCUGGGGACUAUUGGAGCUUUGGGCUUGUCGGUGGUGUCGUCUGUGUCCAUUGUCAUUUGCAACAAGGCCCUCAUUAGCACUCUUGGCUUCACUUUUGCCACAACUCUGACAAGCUGGCAUCUUCUGGUCACAUUUUGUUCUCUUCACGUUGCAUUAUGGAUGAAACUGUUUGAACACAAGCCUUUUGAUGCAAGAGCUGUCAUGGGAUUUGGUAUACUGAAUGGAAUCUCCAUUGGACUUCUGAAUCUUAGCUUGGGUUUUAAUUCUGUUGGUUUCUAUCAGAUGACAAAACUGGCAAUUAUCCCUUGUACUGUUCUUUUGGAGACACUAUUCUUUAGGAAGCAGUUCAGUCGAAGCAUCCAGUUUUCACUUACAAUCUUACUUUUGGGAGUCGGGAUUGCAACAGUGACUGAUCUUCAACUCAAUGCCUUGGGUUCCUUCUUGUCCCUGCUUGCAGUUCUUACAACCUGUGUUGCUCAGAUUAUGACCAACACCAUUCAGAAGAAGUUCAAAGUUUCUUCAACUCAACUUCUGUAUCAGUCUUGCCCCUAUCAAGCAUUAACUCUGUUUGUCAUCGGUCCAUUUCUGGAUGGGCUUUUGACUAAUCAAAAUGUAUUUGCUUUCAAUUAUACCCCUCAAGUGCUGUUCUUCAUUGUUUUGUCCUGCCUGAUAUCAGUCUCUGUAAACUUCAGCACGUUUUUGGUUAUUGGAAAGACAUCUCCUGUUACCUAUCAGGUCCUCGGACAUCUGAAAACAUGCCUAGUUUUGACAUUUGGCUAUGUUCUGCUUCGUGACCCAUUUAGCUGGCGCAACAUCCUUGGAAUCUUAGUUGCUGUAAUUGGAAUGGUACUCUAUUCUUAUUACUGCACUCUUGAGAACCAACAGAAAGCCAGUGAAGCAUCUGCACAAAUAUCCCAGGCAAAAGAAGCUGAAUCAGAUCCUUUGCUUACCGUGGAAAAUGGAAGUGGGAUGCUAGGAGAUGGUGCUGCAAAGGCUCCUGUGUGGAAUUCAAACAAGGACCUUCAUGCAUAAAAUGUUUACAAUGCUUUUAUAAUUCAUUUGCCCUAAGGUGAAAUCUAGCGGCUCCGGCAAUGAAGAUGUUGCUGGCAAGGGUUUUCUGACAGCAUUUCAACAUCAGUGUCGAACUCACGGUCUCAUCUUGUGCUGUAGAAGUAGUUUUGAGAGUUGAAGAUUUUCCCUUUCACAUAGAAGUUUUGAUUAUUAUUUUUGUACGAAUCAAUCAGGCAUGGAAAUGAGAUACCAGAAUUUGGUAUGGCAAAUGUAUACUGUUGUCACCUAUACUAAAAGAACAUUCAUUAUUAUUGUUUAUUCUAAUCAGUUGUUACUGUCCUUAA